CCCCUUCUUCAUAGCUUAUCCAUCUACUAUAUAAAGGACAUGUUCCAAGUAACAACCACUUAUUCGAAAACACCGCAAUACAAAGUCAUGGCUAGAACAAUGUUCUCCCUGUCUUUUCUAGUGAUUCUAACACUCCUAACAGGAAACCAAGCAGUCGAAUACACCGUGACCAACAACGCCGCAACCACCCCUGGAGGAAUGAAGUUCGCGAACCAAAUCGGGAUCGAGUACAGCAAACAAACGAUGUCCUCCGCCACGGAGUUCAUAUGGAAGACAUUCCGGCAGGCCUCGAAUGCCGACAGGAAGAAUGUAGAUAAAGUGAGCUUGUCCAUCGACUCCAUGGACGGUGUAGCAUACGCCGCCAACAACGGGAUCCACUUCAGCGCGAACUACAUACAACAGCACAAAGACAACGUCAAGACAGAGUUCCCCGGAGUUAUGUACCACGAGAUGACGCACGUGUGGCAGGGGAACGGGAACGGGCAGACCCCGGGAGGAUUGAUCGAAGGCAUUGCAGAUUUCGUAAGGUUGAAGGCGGGCUAUGCACCAAGUCACUGGGUGAAACCCGGGCAGGGUGACCGAUGGGACCAUGGUUAGGAUGUCACGGCCCAUUUUCUGGAUUAUCGUGAGGGUCUCAGAAGUGGGUUUGUGGCGGAGCUGAACAAGAAGAUGAGGACUGGGUACAGUGGAAACUACUUUGUUGAGUUGUUGGGAAAAACGGUUGAUCAGCUCUGGAGUGACUACAAGGCCAAGUACCAGACCAAUUAGACAUGUCUAAUUCAUAAUGGAUGCUGGUUUUCCAUUCUCUGCGAUAAAUGAUUAGCUAUUCUUAAAUAAGAGAAACCAUCAUCCAAUUACCCUCCGAAA